AUGUUGCCAGAUCUCAAGGUGUGGAGACUUAUAGGCGUUGCUUUGAACAAGGGAGAACAUAACAUAACAGUGGAGAGAAAAGGAGAGGUGAACGCAGGUGAGCCGGUGUGGAAGAAGACAGGCAGCCAGGUUGAGCAGACAGGCAGACGCACAGACGGCAGGACGGAUACACGGGUGGGGGCUGUGCUAGGCGGCUCGGCGGCAGGCUGGUGGAAGAUGUCGUCAGGAGCUGGUGGGAGGGGCGGAAGGCAGCUCAGGGGGACAGCAAGCGCCGGGGGCGGAGGAGGGCGAGGAGGGCCGGGGGAGGCGGAGGAAGGCCCCGUGGGGAUCCCUUUCCCCGAGCACAGCGCCGACAUCCUGGGCAGCCUGAACAAGCAGCGGCUCACCGGCCUGCUGUGCGACGUGCUCCUGGUCACUCAGGAUCAGGAGUUCCCUGCACACCGCUCCGUCCUGGCCUCCUGCAGCCCGUACUUCCACAAGCUCUUCACUUCAGGCGCCGCUGCCGACCAACAAAACAUCUACAACAUCGACUUUGUGCCAGCGGAGGCUCUGGGAGCGUUGCUGGACUUUGCCUACACAGCCACAUUGACAGUCAGCCACAGCAGCGUGGCGGACAUCCUUGCCGCUGCUCGCCUCCUGGAGAUCUCACCUGUCCAGGACGUCUGCACUCACCUGCUGGACACCAAAGUGCUCUCCCCGCCGGCGGGCAAUGAGCAACGAGAUGAGGAUGAAAAUAAGGAGGGAAAGGGCAGAGGGGGCAAGGAGCAGGGGAACCGGGUUCAGGCCCGGGAGUACCUGGAGUACUUCCAGAGAGGGGCGCACUGGAGCAGCAGCUGCAGCACGCCGGAGCUCAGGGACCUGCCUACACACCUGCACUUUAACCACGGCAAUGGCCCUAGCAACGGGGCUCCUGGUGGCCCUGGUGAGUACUUCUCCCCCCUGGCACUCGCAUUGGCCCAGGCCCCAACGCAGGAGCUAGAAGAAGAGGAUGACGAUGACGAGGAAGAUGAGGACGGGGAGGCAGUGCAGGGGAAUGGAGCGAGCCUGGGGUCGGCUUACUACCCACCAUCCCAGAAUGGGCACCUCUACCUCCCACCUGACUCGAGGCUGGGGCAGGAGACCGAAGUGGAGGACAGUGGUAGGGAGGAAAUGGCGAGGGAGAGAGGUUCAGCCAGCGCCCUCCUGCAGCAGAUGAUGGACUCCAUCGAGAGGCAAAAGGAGCGCGCAACAACUGGGGAGGACCUGGGAGAUGGGGACGACCCAGACAUGGAAUUUUACUUGAAUUAUUUUAACAGCACACAGCAUGAGGAUCCAUCUUCUGCUGCUGUGACACAUGGUGUGCCGCCACCCUGGUUAUCACGGGGCAGUACUGGCCAAGACAGAGGAGGAGGAGGAGAGAGGGUUGUUGGAGAGAGAGGCAGCGGGGGUGGAGGAGGUGGAGGAGAGAGGAAGAUGCGCUCUAAGGCCUUCCAGAAGUGCCCCAUAUGCUCCAAGGUCAUUCAAGGAGCAGGCAAGCUACCCCGCCAUAUCCGAACGCACACGGGAGAGAAACCCUAUGAAUGCGCCAUCUGCAAAGUGCGCUUUACCAGGCAGGACAAGCUCAAGGUUCAUAUGAGGAAGCAUACAGGAGAGAAGCCUUACCUGUGUACGCAAUGUGGAGCCGCCUUUGCUCACAACUACGACCUGAAGAACCACAUGCGUGUACACACAGGCCUGCGCCCCUAUCAGUGCUCAAGCUGCUUUAAGACUUUUGUGCGCUCCGAUCACCUGCACCGCCACCUCAAGAAGGACGGCUGCAACGGCAUCCCCUCUCGUCGAGGUCGAAAGCCCCGGAUGAGGGAGCCAGGGCACCUUGAGUCCCCGUUGGGUCUGCUGAGCCCCGGCUCCGACACAGGGCCUGCGCCUCGUACCAUCAGGGGACGGCGGCGUUCAGAGGCAACCUCGGCGGCGGAGAUGGAGGGGGUAGCUGGAGCUCAUGCACACAGUCCUCAGCUGCAGGAGCUGGCUGGGGAGGCUGGGCCCUGAGACUGCAGGGGCAUCAAGGACACUGCUGGAUACCAUAGUCACUCUGCACUGCCUGUGAGACAGGCCAGUGAACAGAGGAGAAAAAAGACGCAAAGACAGACUUAAAAAAAAACAAUUUAACAACUAACUAUUCCUCUAUAAACCAAAUCAGGGUGUCACAAAAAUCUAAUCUUUAUAUUUCUUUCUCCUUUUACUUUAGAAAAGAGUAGACUUGCAAGCACUUGAGUCCGUGUAUCUGUUAAAGAGCAAAGAACGCUUCACAUCAUACACCCAUGACGUCCACUUUCUGGGCCAUUUCCUUCUUUAUAAUAUAAGGGGUUUUAUACAUUGGCAUAUGGGCUUAGGCAAAUGUAUAAUAGAUACGAAGAAACUCUGAACAACUAUGCAGUUGAUUUAGAUUUUUAUUGGUUUUGUCCUCACAGCCUUCAAGCUCUAAGCAAGGUGUCUGUCAAGCACCUUCUGGCUGCUGUACGGGUGAAGCGAGGACAAAUCCUCCCGGUGAAAACAACUCUUUUUCUAUUCUUUUGCAGGUCUGAAAUGUACAGUUACCAUAGAAACAACAUUGCCACAAUAUGGCAUAUGCAAGGAAAACUCACCACAGGUUUGAUGCAACAGUUUUCUCUCUCUAAAUGUUCCAGAAAGACUCAGACGAGGGUUUGAUUGAAGUGUUACUUACUCUAUAAAAUGCAUUUUAAGAAUCUAAGGUUUGUCUUAUUGAAAAACAAAUUGACCUUGAGUCGAAUCCAUGUUAAUGGGGACUCGUCAAUUGCAGGACUAGGGAAAAUGAGGGGUGGAGGGAUUGUGUUUUAAAAGCACUACCAUCGUCAAUGUGUCUGUUGGCUUGACUACAUGGCCUCUUGUUCCUCACAAUUCUGCAAUUUCAGCAUUUCUGUUUUCCCUUUUUGAUUUUGUCUUAAUUUUUUUUUUGGUCGUUCCUUUUUGUUGACUGCUUCGGGUACUUGACACUUUAUAAUUGUAUACAUGUAUAUACAGCAGGUGGUAAAUAUGACAUUGGUCCUUUCUUAAUGCUGAGGUGUACUUACCAAUCGGGUUUUUUUCCUCUUAGGCUUGAUGUCAUAUUUCUCAAAGAGUGAAGCUUGCGGGUGAACGGAAAAAAAAACUGUAUGAAUGUUUGAUGAAACAAAAAAAACAUAAGUCA